AAUUCGCCCGCCAAGGAGAACAUUGCCAAGUCGUUCUAAUCGCGAGAAAUUUCGAACGGUAAAAGCAUGGUUAUUUGUUUCGUGUUUGGGUGUAAUCACCGGAGUAAUCGGGAUUUCUGCAGCUUUUUCAGGUUUCCGGCCAAGAAACGAAGCCUAUGGGGUCGUCUGUCAAGAAGGGUCGACAGAUGCCCAACAUCCGAAAAUGACAGGAUUUGUUCAUGUCAUUUUGAAGGUGGCUCAAAGGAUGGUGAUCCAAUAUUUUUCCCCCACAACAAAGGAAAACUGUUUCAGUUCAAGGAUCCCAAACCAAGGAGAAAGAGGAGUGUGCCUUUGGAGUGCAGUGAUGUACCAGCAAUCCCACUGGCUCAGAGUCCUGAUGUCCCAGCUGAACCUGAACACAAUGGAAGGACAGAUGUAGUUAUGGAACAUAGUUACGCCAUACAGUGUGGACACCAGUGUGUGGGGAAGCUGACUUCGUUAACCGCAGAAGUCCAACACUUGAAGGCCACCAUCAAGUCUCUGGAGCAGGAGAUCCGUUCCUUAAACCGAAGGCGUUCAGCCUUUUCUAUCAACGAUAUAAGUGACAGUGAAGAAAAGAUGCAACUCUACACUAACCUAUCCUACGAAGUCUUCAAGAUCAUCUGCUCCAGGCUGGAACACUUUGACCUCAACUACCAUGCUGGAUGGAAACCUUCAACUAUAUCCAUGGAAAAUCAGCUUUUGAUAACUCUCAUGAAACUUACCAUGAACUGCAAAGAUCUUGAUUUGGCCCAAAGAUUUGAUAUCAGCCGUGCUACAGUUUCCAAUAUUUUCAAUACCCUCAUCCAUGCUUUACAAGAACUCUUUAGCCCACAAUCGGAAUCUUUGAGGUUACGGAAAGGGAUGAGUGGGGGCCACACUCCUUCUCAGCGUGGGACAUCGCUGCCAUGAAUGUAUGUCUUCAAGAGUAGAAAGAAUGAAAUUAAUUUCCUGCUCAAAAAGUAAACUUAAUGUAAUUAAUUCUGGAAGCGUCCGUUUGCAAGCUAAUAAGUGAAUGGUGGAUUAGUGAGUUACAAUCCAACUAUAUCAAAAAAAUGAUUUAAAAAAUGCUUCCUAUAAAUGCAAUCAAAGAUUA